CCAUAAAAAAGCGACUCGUCCUCCAUGUCCGACCAUUCGUAUCGGAGUUUGCUUUUCCACCCUAUCUUAAUUCGUAGUUCUGACGGAGAACAUAGGAGAAGGCAAACCUAAGUAUAUAUACGUGAUAUAUAGUGAGACCAAACCAAUUGUCGUCGGACAUGAGAGGGGUCAGUAUGGGAGAAGAGAACCUCGCCCUUCCUCACGUGUUGCUGGUCUCCUUCCCGGGCCAAGGCCACGUUAAUCCCCUCCUCCGCCUCGCCAAGCGCCUCGCUGCCAAGGGCCUCCUCGUCACCUUCUCCUCCACAGACAUGAUCGGCCGCCGCAUCGCCUCCGCCGCCAAGAACUCCGUCGACCACGGCGACGGCGUGCCGGUAGGCCGCGGCCACCUCCGCUUCGAAUUCUACCCGGAUGGCUGGGAACCCGACGACCCCCGCCUCCACGACCUCGAUGCCCUCCUGCCCCACCUCCAUGAUGUCGGUGUCCCCGCUCUCGUCGACAUGAUCCGCCGCUUCGCCGAUGCAGGCCGCCCGGUGUCGUGCAUCGUCAACAACCCCUUCAUCCCCUGGGUCCUCGACGUGGCCAACGACAUGGGCAUCCCCGCCGCCGUCCUCUGGGUGCAAUCCUGCGCCGUCUUCUCCACCUACUACCACUUCCACUACUCCCUUGCCGAGUUCCCCUCGGAAGCCCAUCCCGACGUGUCCGUGACUCUCCCCGGCAUUCCCACACUGAGGCCCGAGGAUCUCCCGUCCUUCCUCCUUCCAUCCAAUCCUUACAAAAGUCUGACGGACGCGAUCCUGCAGCAGUUCCAGAAGAUCUCCAAGGCGACGUGGGUGUUGGCUAACACCUUCGAGGAGCUCGAAAGCGAUGCAAUCAAGGCCAUCUCCGAGCUGUCGCCGCUCAUUCCGGUAGGCCCGCUCGUCGAGGCUGACGACGGCGAGGAGUCGCAGAAGGCCAUAAAGGGGGACAUGUUCGAGGCGGCCGACUGCAUGGAAUGGCUCGACGCGCAGGAUCCGCUGUCCGUGGUCUACAUGUCGGUGGGGAGCGUCGUGGUUUUGAGCCGGGAGGAGAUGGAAGAGAUGGCCUGCGGGCUAAAGAACAUCGGCCGGCCGUUCAUAUGGGUGGUGAGGAACGAUUGCCGGAACCUCCUGCCAGAGAAUUUCGUCGAGGAGACCAAGGAGAGGGGAAUGGUAGUCGGGUGGAGCCCGCAGGACCGGGUGCUGACCCACCGCUCGGUGGCGUGCUUCGUGACGCACUGCGGCUGGAACUCCACGCUGGAGGCGCUGACGUCCGGUGUGCCGGUGGUGGCGUAUCCUCAGUGGGGAGACCAGCUGCCGGACGCCAAGUUCUUGGUAGAUGUUUACCGGGUCGGAGUACGGCUGUGGGCGCCGGCGAAGCGGGAGGAUCUGGAGAGGUGCGUGCAGAACGUGAUGACGGGGCCGGAGGCCGAAGGAAUGAGGAAGAGGGCGGUGGUGUGGCGGGAGGCGGCGAGGAAGGCGUUGACCGACGGCGGCUCUUCCGACCGGAAUAUUCAGGCCUUUGUGGAUGAGAUCCGGAGGAGGGCUGGUGCUUAACUUUGGCCUUUGGACUGUGUUAAUGGCAUGCGUUUGUAUCCGGCUGAAGAAUAAAUAAACGGCGUUUAGCCUUGACGUUAAAUUGCAUUAGAAAAUAACUACGUUUCUGUUGGCAAAUUUUGGUCAGGCAACGUCGUGCUUUUAUGCUUAUAUGUUGUAGUUUCGUCUGAAAGCAGUUGGGAGCUUGCGAGUCAUGAGAAUUGAUGAGCAAGAGCCAAAUGCUGUGGGACCGGGAGUAAAUUGAUGGCUCGUGAGUUGCAAGCUGCAACCCACGAGCCAAAAUCUUA